ACUUUUUUUUCGUCCAUCUAUAGCCCUUAAAAACGCUCCCCCGGACUCCCUUCUGUGUCUCCCUCUCCGGCCCUUCUUCCACCCUCAACAAAGAAAGAAAUAGAAACCAAGCCUCUUAGGCUCCCGUUUCCCUCAGGGCCACCGAGACCAAGAGUGAGGGGGAUCCCACCAUGGCUGACCCCGAAUCCAAGGUCCUGUUCGUCAAGAAGAGACACCGGUCACGAGACUCGGCGCGUGACAAGGCCUGGCUUCGCAGGAAGAGCCUCCGGCAUGGCCGCUUGAGGGGAGCUCCGGUUGGCCGGAGCGUCGUGGACGACGACGUCGACGAGCUUCGCGGGUGCAUGGAUCUCGGAUUCGGGUUUGCCUUCGACUCCGGCGACGAUGGCACCACUAUCGUCGCCAGGCUCGCUCGGACCUUCCCUGCCCUCGAUCUCUAUUAUGCGGUUCACAAGCAGUAUCACGUUUCAGUUGUCGGAUCCGGGUCAGGGUCUGACUCCUCAUUUGAUGGGUCCCCACCCGAUUCCCCUGUCUCCAUAAUCUCCCCGGGUGCAAGCCCGGAACGGGUGAAGAAAAGGUUGAGGCAAUGGGCCCGAGUGGUUGCAUGCUCAGUGCGUCAGCGUUCGUGAACUUCCACUGGCAAAAGAAAAUGAAAGGAAUAGAAGAAAACAAAGACCUUCCCCCUCUGGAUGCAAGAUCAACAAACAUGAUAAAAUCGCUUUUCUUGGUUGUAUUGUGUUUUUCCCAAAGCAAGCAAUAAUAAAAUGCACGUACGUGAUGCUUCAA